GACCAUGGCUCAGGACCACUCUGUCUUGGGACUUCAGCUUCUCAUCUCCUUUCCUUUCGCUCCUCCAGCUCCUUCUCUCCAAAAUGACCGAGUUCACACCGGACCAGAUUGAGGACUUCAAGGAGGCUUUUGGUCUCUUUGACAGAGUUGGUGACAGCCAGGUGGCCUUCAACCAGGUGGCCGACAUCAUGCGCGCUCUGGGCCAGAACCCCACUAACAAGGACGUUACCAAGAUUCUGGGCAACCCAACUGCCGACGACAUGGCCAACAAGAGGCUCAACUUCGACGCUUUCCUGCCCAUGCUGAAGGAGGUCGACGCCCUCCAGAAGGGUACCUACGACGACUACGUUGAGGGUCUGCGCGUCUUCGACAAGGAGGGCAACGGCACAGUCAUGGGCGCUGAGCUGCGUAUCGUGCUGUCCACCCUGGGAGAGAAGAUGAGCGAGCCUGAGAUUGAUGCCCUCAUGACCGGCCAGGAGGACGAGAACGGCAGUGUGCACUAUGAGGCUUUCGUCAAGCACAUCAUGUCUGUGUAAGAGGCUAGCAGUAUGAGUGCUGAACAGCCCAGCAGUGUUCAGGACAUCUACACUGUUUUAAAGACCAACCAAGGAAAGACAAGGACUAUGUACAAGGGAUGUUGAAGCAAACCCAUCUUGUUGUUUAUUUUGUUUUCCUUUACACUUCGUCUCAAACCCUCCUCUCUCGGGACAUCACCGUCUCUCCGUUGUAGACCCCCAUCACUUGGCCUCUACUCCCCCCCCGGGGCGCGUCUCCACUCUCCGCAUGGGGUGAGGAACGGGGGAGAAGGGGUGACCGCUCAUCAAGUGAGGGUAGAUCCCUCCCUUCCCACCGCCACCUCAUUCAGUCACGCCACCACUGGCCCAGCAAUGCCAAAGGUGCUGGAGAAUGGUCGUGGAUUGACCGCCAAAAGUCUCCCGCUUCCCUGAAAAGUUUUAUUUAUUUUCACUCUGUUCAUUUCAGAAUAAACUUUUCCAACGUA